AUGUUCUGGGGUCUGGUCCUUCACCCUGGGACUAUCCAUUCCGAAACUGUUAAAACCUUUAUCCAGAUUACAAGAGCCUCUCUCGAUUUAAGUUCUGAACCUGACGCCGCUCAGGAUGUUGUCCUUUGGGUAUACAACAGGAACAAGGAAUACAUUGUAUGUUAUCUUAGUGCUUACACCAAGCAAUUAAGCUUGGAUUUGCACUUCCAGGCUGGAGAAAAGUUUUCUCUUUUUUGUCUUGGUCCAGCAUCGGUCCACCUCAUAGGGUAUACUUUGGAUAAAGUGAUGGAGGAGGAAGAAGAACAUGAAGAUGUGGACGAGGAAAAGGUCGCAAAAAAGAGGGCCCAACCCGAGAAGUCCAAAGAAGGAAAAGCCUUGAAGAAAGGGAAGGUUAGUAUCCCAGUGGUUGAGGAUGAUGAAAAAGAGGAACCCAAGCAGCCCUCCCCUAAAAAACCAUCCAAAGUCCAAAAGAAGAAGGAAAAGGAGUUACCAGAACCAUCAAAGGCUGCUCCUCAACAGCCCCAGAUGAGUGCUCCUCCAGCUGUCGGAAAAAUUCAGCUGAAGAAAAAAGCUAAUGGUUUUUAA